CUAUAUAACGCAGAAGCAGAGACCAGCUUAAGCCUAGAGCUGAGCUUUGCAUUUGGUGUUAGACUUGCGCUUGCUCACCCUGCCAUGACGUCCAAGGUACCCAACAGCUCCGGCAGCAGCGACAGUGCGGAGCCCAAGCUAUCGCCGUCAGGGCUCUCGGUCCGGGAGGUCCCGGGCGGCUACGGCGUUCCCUUCUUCUCGCCGCUGCGCGACCGCCUGGACUACUACUACUUCCAGGGCGCGGAGGAGUACUUCCGCUCCCGCAUCGCCCGGAACGGCGGCGCCACCGUGCUGCGCGUCAACAUGCCCCCCGGGCCGUUCAUCACCGCCAACUCCCGCGUCGUCGCCUUCCUCGACGCGCGCAGCUUCAGCGUGCUCCUCGACGACGCCAAGGUCGACAAGACCGACACGCUCGACGGGACCUUCAUGCCCUCCCUCGUGCUCUUCGGCGGCUACCGCCCACUCGCCUUCAUGGACGCCGCCGACCCCCGCCACGCCGCACUCAAGCGCGUCAUGAUCAGCCUCGCCGCCGCGCGGAUGCACCACGUCGCGCCGGCCUUCCGCACAGCUUUCGGUGCCGUGUUCGACGCCGCCGACGCCGGUCUCAGCGACGGCCCCGUUGAAUUCAACAAGCUCAACGAGCACCACAUAUUCGACUUCACCUGCUCCGCGCUGUUCGGCGGCACGCCGCCGAGCAAGGCCAUGGGCGACGGUGCGGUGACCAAGGCCAUCAAGUGGCUCGGCGUGCAGCUGCACCCUCUCGCCAGUAAGAUCAUCAAGCCGUGGCUGCUCGAGGAUCUCCUUCUCCACACCUUCCGCCUGCCGCCGUUGCUAGUUCGCGGAGACUACGCCGCCCUGACGGCGUACUUCGCCGACGCUGCCGCCGGCGUCCUCAACGACGCCGAGAAGGCGCAGUCCGGCAUCUCACGCGACGAGCUCCUCCACAACCUAGUCUUCACCGCCAUCUUCAACGCAUACGGAGGCUUCAAGAUCUUCCUGCCGCACGUCAUCAAGUGGCUAGCCCGCGCCGGCCCGGCUCUGCACGCCAGGCUCGCCAGCGAGGUCCGCGCCGCCGUGCCCAACGACAGCGACAUCACCGUGUCCGACGUCGAUAAGAUGCCUCUGGUGAAAUCGGUAGUGUGGGAGGCGCUGCGCAUGAACCCGCCGGUGGAGUUUCAGUACGGCCGCGCGCGCCAGGACCUUGUCGUAGAGAGCCACGACGCCGCCUACCAGGUACGCAAGGGCGAGAUGCUCUUCGGGUACCAGCCUAUGGCGACCCGCGACGAGCGCGUGUUCAAGCAAGCGGGCGAGUUCGUCCCUGACCGGUUCGUGGGCGGCGAAGGGCGGCUGCUCGGGAACGUGGUGUGGUCGAACGGGCCUGAGAACAGCGAGCCGGCGGAGGGGAACAAGCAGUGCCCAGGGAAGGACAUGGUGACGGCGGUUGGGAGGCUAAUGGUGGCCGAGCUGUUCCGGCGGUACGACACGUUCACCGCCGACGUGAAGGAGAUGCCGCUGGAGCCGGUGGUGACGUUCACUUCGCUGACCACCAGGGCCGAGUGACUAUAGUAGUAGCAGACUGUACUACUAUAGUGCAACUGCCAAGUGGCGCCAGCGCUGCCACAAUAAUAAUUGCUAUAGUAGACUGUGCUACUGGCCAGGCCGGAUGUUUGUUGCAUCUCUGGUCAAAUCUGCAUGAUUAAGUUCAGUGGGCAUGUGACGUGCGUGUGUUGGCGAUUAUGUAAAGUUCUUUGUGGUGUGAUCGUUUGAACUUGUCUAAUAAAAAGCUUUAUUUA